UGUAACAUGGGAUUUUCCCGGUCUGAACACCUAAACAGGCACCGUCGUAAACACACUGGCGAGAAACCCUACGCAUGUACAUACAGAGGAUGUCUACGAAGCUUUAGUCGGUAUGACAACAUGAAACAACACUUGAAUACUCAUAAGGACAACAAGAGUCGU